UUCUGCAGUAAUAUGGGCCAUCAGUUGACCAUUUGCGGUACGUUGCUGCCACCUGUUGGGCAGGAUAAUUCGCUGCACCCAUGGUUUUUGUCACAGUUUUGGUCAUAAGCUCAUUCACUUUCACAGUGUGGUGUCUGGCGUAUCAUUGACACUCGUGAGUGCUUUCGGUUGCGUUUCUGCCUCGGAAAUAUAUGUCUUUUCACAAUAUUAAGACGGGUGUCCUCACAUAAAAACAAGAAAAGACAAAGCCUUGUGGUUUAUGGAGGUGCAUUCAAUGUUAGCUGGCUGUCGGGCAGUGCACAAAGGAAACGCACUGUUUUGGGCAGUACAGUGAAAAGACACUCACACAUCGGGCUGGAACACCAGAAAACAGCACUAAGUAAAAUGAGUCUACGCUCAAGAAAAACAUAUCAGCAUGACGACGUGCGAAAUGAGUCUGCAGGAGGCGAACAACACCCGGAGGGAAGGCAACCUCUGCAAACAUUCGACGUCAAAUCGCUGUCAUCACGAGCAUCCAGCAGACCUUCUCUGCGUUCAGUAUCAACGGCUUCUUCUGCUACAAAAGCAUACGCCAAGGCAAAGGCAGCCACGGCAGCAUUAGCUUACGCAGAAAAGGAGGCUGAUAUAAUGCAACAAAAGGCCAACCUGGAAGCCAAACUGCAUUUAUUAAAGUGCCAAAAGGCUGCUGCCGCCGCUUCAGCUGAAGCAGCUGUGUAUGAGGAAGCUGAAAGCGGGGAGUCCUUGCCAGUACGUCGUAUUAAAGAGGAGCCGAUGGAUGUCAACCAACGCACUAGUGAAUAUGUUCAUCAGCAGUCCGAGACCUUCUGUGAACAAACUUCGAAGUGGGCAUCAGAAAGACAAGAAACGCAAGUUAGUGACUAUGGAACAACUGCACCCAGAGCAGCUGCGUCAUCCAAUAUGCAAAAUGCAGGUGACCGACAAAUUAAAAAAGAGAAAACUGACAUUUUUUCUCCCAGUAAUCCCCAGUCAAAUUCAUCUGGACAGCAUCCAUCUGGAUUACAAAGCGGACAAGACUUUGCAAAAUAUCUGAUUCGUAGAGAAAUUAUAAGUUCUGGACUAAUUCAAUUUGAUGACAAGCCGGAAAAUUAUUGGUCCUGGAAAGCGUCAUUUCUCAGCGCUACCAAAGACCUUAAUCUAUCAGCAAGAGAAGAGCUGGAUUUGCUGUCAAAAUGGCUGGGCGUGGAAUCAUCACAGCAAGCAAAAAGAAUUCGUGCUGUACAUAUUCUUAACCCAGAAGCAGGAGCUCGCAUGGUAUGGCAACGUCUUGAAGAAAGUUAUGGCAGUCCUGAAGUCAUCGAAGAUGCUCUCCUCAAAAAAGUGGAACAAUUUCCUCGGUUGAGCAAUAAAGACAAUGCCAAGUUGAGAGAAUUGAGUGACAUAUUACUCGUACUGGAGUGUGCUAAAGAAGAUGGUGCACUACCAGGGCUCACAUAUUUGGACACAGCACGGGGCAUAAGACCUAUAGUAGAGAAGCUUCCUUAUAACAUCCAAGAGAAGUGGAUCACAUUUGGAAGUAAGUACAAGGAGGAUUACACGGUUCCUUUUCCUCCAUUCUCCGUAUUUUGUGACUUCGUGCAGCGCCAAGCAAGAAUAAAAAAUGAUCCUAGCUUCGCCAUGCACUACGUGAGCUGUCAAUCAUCACCCAAAUUCGAAAGGCCUGUCAAGCAUAGUGGCAAAUCUUUCAUCAACGUACACAAGACAGACAUCCCGGAUGAGCCACCAAACAGCGAGAGCACCACCCCUGCCACAGAAUUAGUUGAGCCGGACCGUCAGUGUCCAAUACACAAAAAACCACACCCAUUAAAAAAGUGCAAGCUGUUCCGAAACAAACCACUAGAGGAGCGCAAAACCUAUCUGAGAGAUAAUCGCAUAUGCUACAGAUGUUGUGGGUCUACACAACAUAUGGCAAAAGACUGUAAGGUGGUUGUAAAGUGUAUUGAGUGUAAUAGUGAAAGACACAUAUCAGCUCUGCACCCUGGUCCACCAGUUGAAGCUACACACCAGACUACAACCAACAAAAACGACAGCGGGGAGCAAAGUGAAAGCUCAUCAUCCUCAGUCAACUCCAUGUGUACAAAGAUUUGUGGAAGCGAAAAUGGCUCACGUUCAUGUUCUAAGAUCUGCUUAGUGAAGGCAUAUCCUGCUGGUCAAAGAGAGAAAGCCGUUAAAGUGUAUGCUGUGUUGGACGAACAGAGCAACAAGUCUCUUGCUAAGACUGAAUUCUUUGAAAUUUUCGGUGUAAACUCUCAGAUGAUGCCAUACACACUGAAAACAUGCUCAGGUAUACAAGAGACAGCAGGUCGACGAGCAUCGAAUUUCAUACUGGAGGCUAUAGAUGGGAAAUUACAACUUCCUUUGCCUACUUUAAUAGAGUGCGACAUGGUACCAGACGACAGGACUGAAAUUCCAUCUCCAAAUAUUGCACUCCACCACGCUCACUUACAGCCAAUUGCCAACAAACUGUAUCCUGUCGAUCACGACGCUCCCAUUCUUCUGCUUCUAGGAAGAGACAUCUUAAGAGUGCACAAAGUAAGAGAACAGAUCAACGGACCAGAUAAUGCUCCUUAUGCACAACGGCUGGACCUAGGGUGGGUCAUCAUCGGAGAUGUGUGCCUAGCAACAGUCCACAAGCCUUCAGAUGUAAAUGUAUACAAGGCAAAUAUAUUGUCAAACGGACGCACCUCUCUUCUGCAUCAGUGUCCAAAUGCUAUCAACGUCAAAGAAGACUACAGCAGCAUGCAGAAACAUCGUGGUCUAACACCACAAGCGAGCAAGGAGAACAAGCAUGCGUUACCGUGCACCGAUACUCUUGGAUGUUCAGUGUUUGAUAGAACUCCAGAUGAUAAUAAACCAGCUUCAUCAAUAGAUGACAACACAUUUCUAACUCUCAUAGAGUCAGAGGUCUACCACAAUAACGAAAAUAGACAAGUGACACAACCCGGAGUCGGCACCAAAGAUCUUUUGCAACGUCUACGCGGUAAGCUUGGAGGACCGCUACGUCGGCGUGACAGUGUGAACGCCCCUGGAGAUGGGCAAAGACGACAGGCUAAAGACUGUCACCACCCGCUACGACACCGACAACCACCAGUGGCAGGACGUGGGCUCGCUGCCUCUGAUCAACCACUACGGCAAAUUCCAGAUGGCAGUAGCCACCACCAACUUGGAACGCAUGACUUCCUACUGCUCCAAAAGCUACGCCGAUCAAUACAAAGUGGCCCGUCAGAAAACCGGCGCCAACGUCCCCGGCGAAAUCCCGGAAAGCCUGCCACUGGACGUGACCAGCAACGACGGCGCCAUCGUCUGCCAUUUCAACGACUACUUCCACGAAGCCUAUCGUUACUACGCAGAGCACGGGCGCUUGAUGCUGCUGCCGCACAUGCCGCCGCCUGGCGCGCCAGCGGGACUGCAUGCAGCAGAUUCAGCAUCUGCACUGCAGCACGCUCACCCUCCACAGCUAGCUGCAAUCGCGGACAGUGGAAGAAGAACAAACCAAAGAUCAAAGUGGAUGUUCGUAUCGUUAAGGAAGGGACUGCGAAGGGGUUCCUGUGGCCCGUUAAGGAAGUUGUGGUACUUCUUUCUGAAUCUGUUUAGCAUGUUAAAAGCUAUCCUUCGUGUUUAUGUAUGUAGAAUUUUGUAGUGAUAUAACGUUGUUAUAUCAAGCGGGGAGUGUGCUGACUUUCUGCAGUAAUAUGGGCCAUCAGUUGACCAUUUGCGGUACGUUGCUGCCACCUGUUGGGCAGGAUAAUUCGCUGCACCCAUGGUUUUUGUCACAGUUUUGGUCAUAAGCUCAUUCACUUUCACAGUGUGGUGUCUGGCGUAUCAUUGACACUCGUGAGUGCUUUCGGUUGCGUUUCUGCCUCGGAAAUAUAUGUCUGUAAGUAUUUUAUGUGUAUAAUAACGUGGAUGGGCAGUGUAUGUAUACCCAGGUGGUGAAGGGUCACAUGUACAAAACUUAUUAAGUUGUAUUGUGUUGUAGAGGCUAUCCAAUGGCUAAUAGCUCAAGCAAGUUGUGCUAACUGUAUAUAGUUGUAUAUAUAAGUGUAUAGUGCAGUUUGCUGUAUAUUGAGUGUUGAAUUUGUGUAUGUUUUUGU